AUGGCCCCGGCUGUGGAUAUGACCACCGCGCCCACCGGGGUCCGCAGCGACGAGCUGCCCGCAUCCGCCUUCAGCAAGCCCAGCGGCGGUGGCCUCCCCGUCGCGGCGGCGAUGGGCGGGGAGGAGGAGAGCGACAAGCCCAAGGUCUCCCCAUCCCUCCUGCCGUUCAGCGUGGAGGCGCUCAUGGCCGACCACAGGAAGCCGGGCGGCAGGGAGGGCCCCGAGGGCGCCGGGCCCCCACCGGGCGCCGGGGCGGCCGCCCGCGCCAGCCUCAGCCCCCGCCUGGGCGCCCUGACGGCGGAGGCGCCGGCCUCCCCGCUGCCCCUCGGCGGCCACUUCUCCGUCGGGGGGCUGGUCAAGCUGCCCGAAGACGCCCUUGUCAAGGCGGAAAGCCCCGAGAAGCAGGAGCGGAGCCCCUGGAUGCAAAGCCCACGGUUCUCGCCGCCUCCCCCGAGGCGGCUGAGCCCCCCAGCCUGCACCCUGCGCAAGCACAAGACGAACAGGAAGCCCCGGACGCCCUUCACCACGGCGCAGCUGCUGGCCCUCGAGAGGAAGUUUCGGCAGAAGCAGUACCUGUCCAUCGCUGAGCGCGCCGAGUUCUCCAGCUCGCUCAGCCUCACCGAGACGCAGGUGAAGAUCUGGUUCCAGAACCGCCGUGCCAAGGCCAAGCGGCUCCAGGAGGCCGAGCUGGAGAAGCUGAAGAUGGCAGCCAAGCCCAUGCUCCCACCCGCUGCUUUCGGCAUCUCCUUCCCGUUGGGCGGCCCAGCCGUAGCCGGUGCCUCUCUGUAUGGUGCCUCCAGCCCUUUCCAGCGGGCAGGACUGCCUGUGGCUCCUGUGGGACUGUACACAGCACAUGUGGGAUACAGCAUGUACCACCUCACAUAG